ACACUUCAGUAUUACUCUGACGGCACUCCUGACUGCACUUUCCUUCAAAGAGAACAGUACCGCAGCGAAGAUGGCGGCGCUUCGAGUCUCGGUGCUCGCGGGGAGUGGGAGAGUUCUCCUCAGCACCCCAAAAACCCUCAGAACUCCCAAGGCCAACAUGUCUUUUGCCAGCCUGCCAAGUAAAAAAAAGGUUGCCCUGACGACACUAGGUGUGGUCGCAGCUGGCGGUGCAGGACUCGCCCUGAUGCUGCACCAGUCCGUUAAGGCCUCUGACUUAGAACUCCAUCCUCCUCAAUACCCCUGGAGCCAUGCUGGACUUCUGUCCUCUCUAGACCAUGCAAGUGUUCGCCGUGGCUACCAAGUGUAUAAGCAGGUGUGUUCAGCCUGCCACAGUAUGGAGUACCUGGCGUUCAGAAACCUGGUGGGAGUGUCACAUACAGAGGAAGAGGUUAAGACCAUAGCUGAGGAGGUUGAGAUUGUCGAUGGUCCUGAUGAGACCGGUGAGAUGUUCACCCGACCUGGAAAAUUGUCAGACUACUUCCCAAAGCCCUACCCCAACCCUGAGGCAGCCCGUGCCGCCAACAAUGGAGCCCUUCCUCCAGACCUCAGCUACAUCGUCAACGCCAGACACGGAGGAGAGGACUAUGUGUUCAGCCUGCUGACAGGUUACUGCGACCCACCUGCAGGAGUCACAAUGAGAGAAGGUCUUUACUACAACCCCUACUUCCCUGGUCAGGCUAUUGGCAUGGCCCCACCCAUCUACAAUGAGAUUUUGGAGUUUGAUGAUGGAACCCCUGCCACUAUGAGUCAGGUUGCUAAAGAUGUCUGUACUUUCUUGAGAUGGGCUGCCGAGCCAGAGCAUGACCAACGCAAACGCAUGGGAUUAAAGCUGUUAAUGGGUGCAGGGAUCCUCAUCCCGCUGCUCUACUACAUGAAGAGACACAGGUGGUCUGUGUUGAAGAGCAGGAAGAUCGCCUACAGGCCUCCCAAGUAAAGGGAAAGAAUCACACCCCAACUUGAGCCUAAAACUGAGAGGGCUGCGUUCAAAGACCCCACAAUGCUCACCACAAGACGAUUAUUUAAACACACAUCUCUCAAAUACACACAUGCCUUUUUAAGAGGGGGUACUAAGAACUAAGGGUAUGUAUGCAUAUACUAUGUUAAUUUCAAUGGAAAAUGCCUUUUUUUUUAUUAUUGGCAUGGUAGAACCUAUUGUGUGGCUCAUUCUUCUGUAUCUAGAAUGUUGUGGUGCAAGUUUAUUAGAGAUUUGUGGUGUUAUUGAACGCACCCUUCACACAUUUUGUCGGAUCUGCAAGAAAACAUGAAUGGCAGUUGACAUCUGUGUAUCUUGUCAGAUGCUUUCUGGCAAUUGACUGAUACGUUUAUUGACUAGAUAUCUUUGUAAGAUACUCAAUACCCAUGCAAAUGUUGAGAAAUGGUUGGCUUCAAAGUGUGGGUGUAUGUAAAUUCAUCCUUGAUUUUCCUCUCCAAAAAACGUGACCUAAACAUCUGUUUUACUGUAUAAAUAAAUUAUCUUAAAAGGAAA